AUGUCUGUCAACUAUACAUCCUUCAAUGAAACCUCAAAACCCAAGCUUUCGAAAUUCGCCUUUGUGGAUCCAGAUAAUUGGCAAAAUGAACUAGAAAAUCUCAAUAAAAGAUCUCCAGAUUUGGAUCGUCUAAUAUACCCUGACUCCAUGUUGAUUUCUUCCAUUUUGGAUCAAUUGGUGAAUCUUAUCAUUGGUAGCUUUAUAAAACCGUGGUAUAAAUCCAUUAACCAAAGCAAAUAUGAAGCAGAUGAUCUUUUCACUGAUGAGGUUAAAAUCAGUAUCAAAUAUGCUAUUGCAUCGCUAUAUCUCAAACUUUCUGGCCUUGAUUUCACAAAUUUGAUGGUUCUUAGGCUUGUGCCUAUUAUUACUGAUCAUUUCAACAACUUUGUAUCAGCAAAGGCUUCAAUCCGCAAAAAAUAUUUGCUCAGUAAUAGCAAUUCUAAGGCAACAAUUAGUGGACUUGGUAUUUCUAGUGGAGUUAGUGGUGGCAAAAAUACCAAAAGGCAGACGCUGGCAAAUGAUAAGCUUUUGAACUUAACCGACGAAAGCCAAAUUAAUUUGUUGAUCUCACAAUUUUACAAUCAUGGAAAAUUGCAUGAUUCUGUCAACUCUUUCCGCGAAAAUUCCCAAUUCAGCACGUUUAGUCAAAAGGCCCAUCUUAGAGCCAAACUCAAUAAAAUCCUCCCUUUAAUUUUGGAGAAAAAUGAGAUCUCCUGUCUGCCUGUCAACUUACUUAUUCGGGAAAUUGUUAUUAAUUGUGUGUUUUUACCAGUAGUCAAUAUGGUGGUAGACCCUGAUUUCUGGAAUCAAAUGAUCGUUGAUAAAAUUGGUAGUACCUUGAAGGAUCGUACCAAAGUGAUACAGUUAAGAGCAGAGUUACAAAAACAUAGCAAGAAUGCUACCAAGGGGAAAAAGGCGAAAAAAAAUGAUGAUUCUUCUACACAAAAUGGGUCAUCCACCAGCAAUAAGAAGAAAAAUCAAGAUAAUACAUUAUUUGAGUUCAAGCUUGGCUUGAGUACCACCCAGUCAUUAUUUGAAAAAUUUUUGAAAAAAAUCAAUAAGAAUACCUCGAUUGUGGAUUUAAGACAACUCAAGUUUUACAUCAACUUGCAACUUCAAAAGACCUUAAGAAAUGAUGAUUAUAAGCAUAUGUCGAAAGAGUUUAGUGAGCACUCCAAUGACCAAAAUAACAAAUCUGAAGCCGUCAAAAAGAAUAAGGAUUUGUAUGAGCGCUACAAGAUUCUUGUGAAAAGACUACAAAUUGUGCAACUAACUUUAACUAAUAGAAUUAAUAAUUUGAAUUUUGAAAAUCAAACAAAUAACCUUGAUAACUCUUCGAUCCAUUCUGCCCAAACUGGGUCUUCUAAGAAUGUUGGAGGAGCUCCUGAAAAAAUUAAUUUGUCAUUACUCACCAUAUUGAACGACUCAAGUUUGUUGACUUAUUACAUGGAAUACAUGGAUCAACACGGUAAAACCAUAUUGCUUCAAUUUUGGCUUGUUGUUAACGGUAUUAAGAAUCCUUUGGAAGAUUCAAUGUUAAUAAAUACCGAUGAUAUUUACGCCGAAGAUACUUUGAUGGAUGCUAACCUAACUGGGGUUAAUGAUGCGGAAAUUAAUCAAAAUUUGAACUUCGCCAACGAUAUUAAACUGAUUUUCAUAAACUAUUUCAACAGCAAGUUGAUUAUUGAAAACAAUAAAGUGGUGUAUGAAAAUGUGGAAUCUUUUGUGAAGGCUUAUGACUCUUAUAAAUCCUACUUGGAAGCUUACAGGAAGUUCAAUUCUAACGGUGCUUCUGAAGAGACCAAUAAGAAAGACUUAGAGUUGUAUAAUGAUUACGAGUUGUAUAACAAAAAGUUCGAGCUCAACAAACUCUUCGUUAGAGCUAGAAAAUCUAUUUUGAUACUCCAAGCAAAGGCAUACAAAUACAUGGAAAGCGACUUGCCAAUUUUUAAAAAUUCUAAUGUCUACUUGAAAUUAAUUGCGUCUGAAAACAAUAGGUUGGGUGAUACCAAUAAUAUCAGUGGUAAUCCCUCUUAUCAAAAUCUCGAUAUUUUGGACAACAGAGCUCACUCGCGUUCAAAUUCAAAUAUUUCGACUCUUGGUGCCAAACAUGAUGAAACAACUGGUGAUCCUUUGGCCAAUUAUAACACCUAUGAGGACAAUAGUAAUACCAUCAAGGGUGCCACAAUGGGAAACCAUGAUUAUAAUAAUGUUGAUACAGAGAAUGGUAUUACCGGGUUAUCAAAUUCUAUUUCCUCGUUGAAAAAUAUGGGAGGCGCACAUGAUAACAAAAUUUUCAAUGAUAACGAUGAUUUGGUAGUUUCAUAUGAUGUUAUUAACGCUGUUGAACAUGCUUUGAACGAAAUUAUUGAAAAUAAUAAUGAUUAUAAAAGCUCUGACGCUGUUAAGUUGAAAAACGACAUUUUAGAAGGCUCUUUGAAAGAUAACGCUAAUAAUGAUGAUGAAGUUGAUAGUGACGCCUCUUCUGGGAAAACAGGGGCGUCAUCAAGGUUAUUUGGAGCUUAUAAGGAUAUUUUUGGACAAAGCUCAUUAUUAUUCAAAGGGGAUUUUGCCAGAAAUUCCAACUCUGAUAAUGAAUCUAAAAAAGACGAUUGCUCUUCUGGACUAUCUACUCUUGUUGAAAGUAACGUUAGAGAUAGAUUUUUGUUUGAUAAUGAUGAAGAAAUCAAUGAUAUCGAUGAUAUGGAUUCCGUCAUUUCUGAGAUGAUUAAUUCGGAAACCAUUGGAGAGUAUGAAAGCACUGAAGUUCAUUUAGCAGCGCCUGGUGAUUUGAACUUGGCUGAAGAAAUCGAAAAAUUAACCAACGAUAUUGAAAGUUUGAAUAAUCAGGUCCAGAUCCUUCAACCUUUGUUGAAGAAGGCGGAAUUGACCAAUAAUACUGCCGAGUUGAGGAUUUUGCGAAAGGCCAAUGUUAGUUUGCAACGGGAAGUCCAACUCAAGGAGUUACAGAGACAACAAUACAUUGUCCAAGAAAAUGAUAAUAGCUUGUUUGGUAAAUCUAGAGUUGGUAUUCAGUCUUAUAUCAUUAGCAAUGACGAGAAGUCCGGUAAAGAAUACACUUCGUAUAUCAUUGAAGUUCAAAAAAUAUCCACUAAUGAAGGAGCUGAUAAUCAGGAGACUGUUCUGGCGGGUUGGAUUGUUGCGCGAAGAUUCAGUCAGUUUUAUUUAUUGAAUAAAUACCUUAGAUCCAUCUAUCCAAAAGUGAAACUAUUGAACUUCCCCAAGAAGAAUGUUAUUUUGAUGAAUCAGGCACAACAGAAAGUUUUGAUUGAGACUAGAAGACAGUUAUUGGAAGUUUAUUUGAAAGAGUUACUUAAAAUGCCGGAUGUUUGCAAAAGCAGAAUUUUUAGAUUAUUUUUAUCGUCUCAAAAUUUUAACAGUGGUAUUUUGGCUAAUAAGAGAUCCCCUGAGUAUGCAAAAGUUAAAAAUAGUCCAACUUUGAAUUCAAGUGUCGAUGAUGUUGGUGGAAUCAGCAAUAAGUAUAAAGCUAUUGAAGACGUCACUGCUAAAUUAUACAACGGUAUCACUAAUGGUAUUGAAUACUUGAAUGGAUCUUUGAUUUUUUCCAAUGCGAAUGCUCAAAAUGCUGGAUUAACAAAUGGUCUUUCCAAACUAGAUGAAGAUGGUAUGGAUGGUCUUUCUAGAGGAAAAAAUGGUUAUAAAAACUCUAGAGCCAUGAAUGGUGCCGCAGUUAAUGAAGAUACUGGGUUGCAAAGCGACGAAUUGCAAAACGAAUUGAAUUCAUACGAUGACGAUAAGACUACAUUUGUUAAGCCUAUCUGUGAUUUAUUCCUUUCAAUAUUCGCUCUUAAUAGAAGUAACAGCUGGCUAAGAGGUAGAGCUAUCUUGGUUAUUUUACAACAAUUAUUGGGCAGUACCAUUGAGAAGAAGAUCAGAGAAUAUUUAUCGGUCAUCAAAACCGAAAACAAAGUUAUUGAUCUUUUGAAUAUUUUCAGGGAUAAACUCUGGCCAAAUAAUGUUUUCUUUUUGACACUCAGGGCAGAAAGCGGGGAAACUAAACAAAGAACUGAGCUUGAAAAGAAAAAUACUAAAGAUGAAUCUCGAACAUUAUUAGAGAUCAUUAUUACUGAUAUCAGUAGUAAAAUUGUGGGUUUAAAUAAUUCAAAGUUUGCGGCAGCAGAAAUCCAUAAUAUGUUACAAAACGAUAUUCUUAAUACCCAUUUGAUUUACAGCUUGAUCGAUGAGUUAUUGGACGCCUUAUUCCCGGAAGUGUCCAAUGUCCGCACAAAUUCUAAUACGGGAAAUUCUGGAAGUGGGAAACACAAAUGA